AUGGACAGAAGGAUGAACUUGAACGGCAGUGCAGCGGACAUUUUUCACAAAACUCUCAGCGCCGUGUCCACUAAAAAGAUGGACUCCUUCAGGUCGGCGGCCGGCAUCGAACUACCAGCCAGAGACCGCCAGUCACCGAUCAGCUGCUUUGACCAGACCGAACAAGACUCGAUUCAACCGGGAGGACUGGCGGGAGGCAGAGGGGCAGCGCUGGGUCUGCCCACCGGAUCUUUGUGCGUCAAUUUCGGUGAGCGCGCCAACAGGACCUCGGCGGCGGAGAGCAGCGGCGGGGAGCAGAGCCAGGACGAUGACAGCGACGGCAGGUGUGACAUGGUGCUUCUGGCCGACGGGCGGACGGUGCCCGCGGGGAAAGGAGAAGGAGGUAAGAAAACCAAAGAGCAGAAAACACUGAGGCUAAACAUCAAUGCCAGAGAAAGACGACGGAUGCACGAUCUGAACGACGCGCUGGAUGAGCUCAGAGGGGUCAUCCCUUACGCGCACAGCCCGUCAGUGCGGAAACUCUCCAAAAUCGCCACUUUGCUGCUCGCCAAAAACUACAUCCUCAUGCAGGCGCAGGCGCUGGAGGAGAUGAGGAGGCUAGUGGCGUAUCUCAACCAGGGCCAAGCCAUCUCUGCUGCCUCGAUACCGGCCACCACUGCCCUCGCAGCCCCCGGCUUGGGCGCGUACGACCAGCCGCCCGGAUAUCCCUUCCCCACCGGGGUGGCUGCGUCCUCCUGCCCCGACAAAUGUGCCCUAUUCAACAACGCCACCUCCAGCCUCUGCAAACAGUGCACUGACAAGCCUUAACUGCGUCUGACAAAAG